AUGCCAAAUGAGAAUUCUGGUGUUGCGCUCAAAGGAAACAAGUCGAUGGCAGCUUUGAGACCAUCCAAUCGAGGCAAUGAAAAGAUAUUAGGACUAAAGCCUCAGUAUGCUCUCACAACCAACAAACGAACAAGUACAAACGAUGAUGGUAUACGGCCGACUGCUCGACAACCUCAAAAGAAAACUGUUGCUCACGAAAUGAUGAAUCGAAACUCUGGAUUAUUCGCUAGUGCUGCAGGUCCGUCUCGUAACUCGUCACGUCCUCGUAUUGCCAAUGAAAAUGAUAGUCCACUUGCUGGCAAUGCGCAAUCACGCAUUGCCAAACCUCCAUUACCUCCAGCUGCCGUUGCUGAAUAUAGUCGAUUACGUAGUGUACCUCUUCGAACAACCACUACUACUGGUAAUGCACUCAUGGAUCCACCAGCUGCCAAACCUCGUAACUCGGCGCAGAUUCGUGAUGCUCAGUUGAAGGCUGCUGCAGCAACGAAAAUGAAUGCCAGUAAGCCAACCAAUAAACUCAUUGCCACUUUCAAUAGUAGACAGGUACCAUUACCACCAUUGACUGGAGAACGAUUUGCUACUCAACAAUGGGAGGAUGAAAACCGUAAAAAUGACGCUGUGACCUGGCCAACUACCGCUACUGCUAUUACUCGUACUAAUGGUAGAAAACCAUCUGAAAAUCCAGGAAAGAAGAUCGAAAAGCCUGCUGCAAUCAACUUCAACAACGCUUCUACUGCUGUGGCCGCUCGUGGUACUCGGGCUGUCACUCCACCAGUUGAUAAAAGUAAACAACCUACAAUUGUGAAAGGGUACAACAAGAUCAAGGAUGAUGAGAAUGUCAAUCCCCAUCCAUCACUACGCAAGUCUGCAUUUCCUCCACCAGCUACAGUCGCUGCUGCUCUUAAAACUGCACUCGGUAAAAACAAGCCUGUUUUGGGCAACACCAGUAAGGGCAAAUCACAGCAAAUUGGAGCAACAAAGGCAGAAAAAAAGGAUAUAAAGGCUACUUUGAUGGAUGAUAAGUCAUUUGUACCUGCUUGGACGGAGAAAAUGCGGCGAACUGUCUUUUACUUUUAUGAUUUGAAUCCUGCUCAGCAUCGACGAUUGCAAAAGGCGGUCGAAUUCCAUGGUGCAAAGGUGGAGAAGUUCCUAUGUCCCAGAGUUACUCAUGUCGUCCAAGCAUUCAUGGAAGUUGAACUGAUGACCAAGAGCCCUGAAAUAAAAGACGGUGUCGGAUACAAGUUGCCAGGACCAAAGGUGAUUGAAUUGGACUGCAAUGAUGGUCUGGGCAAGCGAUUGAAACAAGUUCAGCCCAAACCCAUAGAGCUGAUUGAGCACUUCAAGAACUUGGGCAAGAAAGUGUGGCACAUUUCACGCUUGGUGGAUGUUAUUCAAUACUUACAACCCGUCAAAAAACGUGGUCUAGAUGACAUACUCAAGGAGGAGUUCUGGUUUGGUCCCGUCACAGGUCGUGAUACCACUCAACAAAACUUUAGACCCUUCACAGGAGAAUAUCUGGUUGUCGAAGACUCGACCAAGAUUCAUCGACCCAUCAUCAUCAAGGAAUUCAACAUGAAUCCAGCAGACAAACUACCACCAUGGCCUAAACUAUAUGCACCAAACCAGAUAAACCGAUGUGCCUUUAUCCCACCACCAGCAUCAUGGUUGCCAACAGUAGAUGAAGGAUAUUUGACUGAUUCUGAAGGUCAUUUUGGAGUUAGGGCCAAGGUCAAAUGGUCUGGCGAACGAGAAACUCAUUAUGAAUUACGAAAGAUUGCCAAAGAUGCUGCUGCAGCACUUGGAGUUAAUGCUGCAGAAAAGGAAUUGAUGGAUGAUGAUGAAAUUGAAGAGGUAUGGAAGGCUGCUCGUACUGAAUGUAAACUUACAUUCGAGCAUGUAAAAGUACGAAAAGAGAGUGAAGAUGGUGAUUCGCAGGUUAUUCCUCGUAAACGACAGCAUCAAGAGGUUGACACAACUGAUAGUCGAAAGCCUGUUGGUAAAGCUUUUUAUCACCGUCCUGGAUACUGUGAGAAUUGUUGUGACAAGUAUGAUGAUUUCAUUGAGCAUGUAAAUAGUAAAAGGCAUCGUGACUUUGCCAUUGACGAGUCAAACUUCUCUGAACUUGACGAAUGUCUAGCAGAUGUCCAAAGGCCUAUCUCCGCAAAAUUCAUCGACACAUCAUCAUCCGAUACCGAAAAUCUUGCCCCAAUAGUUGCAGGAUCUACCAGUGAUAUGGUGUAUGACGACAGUGACCGAGAAACCGUCUUCUCCGAUUUUUCACGUCAUCAGGGUAUCAACAACAAAGUAUAUGAAUCUUCUGAAAUGUCCAUAAUUGAGGACGUUGGGAUAGAUACAGAUGCAACUGAAGAAGAUAUACCAUCAGAAGAAGGAGAGGAGGAAAAUGCAAUGCAGGAAGGUGAUGAUGAUGAACAAGAAGAUGAAGACGAACAAGAGAAGCGUAGUGGAGGAGAUGUGUACAUUGUUGGUCAAGAUGAAGAGGAUGGGGAGGAUGUCGUUUUGUUGCAAUCACCACCCAAACGACUUCGUUUGGAAGAAGCGCCUACUCCAGUCGUACUAGAGACCAACUCUCGCACCACUGGUGGUGCUGUAUCCUCCUCUGCAUCCUCCACUGCUGCAUCCGAUAUAACAGAUAUAGGCAGGAAGUCAGUGUCACGCACAAUCUACGAUUCGGUUGGUGGUAUUGUGAAUAUGGUUGGUGUGAUGUUGAGUCCUAUAUUGGGUAGCAAGAGAUCAAGGUGA